UCGUGACUAAACCAUGAAGCCGAACUGGGUAAUAGGAGCUCUAUUUUUUUGCAGCAUCUUUAAUAAAAUAAGCUGUGCAGAUGUGGAUUGGUUAGAUAUUUUUAAUCAUGCAGCUGAGACAAAUGUUGGCCGAAAAAAUGGGUUCGAGUAUAGCCCACCAACACAAUCUACACCUUCAGAUGAGCUUUGCGGUGUCGUUAACCCGAAUGGUUUAGAUGAGAGAUUUCCAGUUUCUAGGGAGCAAUCAAGGCCUGGCCAAUUUCCAUGGGUGGUGGCUCUUUUCUCCAAUGGUAAAUACUUUGGAGGCGGAUCACUGAUAAGCUCGGGUGUUGUACUAACGGCAGCUCAUCUUGUGAUGUACAAGAACCCGAAUAGCAUUGUGGUCAGAGCUGGUGAAUGGGACUUGGCAUCCAGGUCGGGAAAGUUUCAUUUUGAGGAACGUGUUGUGGAUAAAGUCGAGCAACAUGAACAUUUUUCUUAUGGGUCUUCGUCUAACAACAUAGCUCUUUUAUUCUUACAAUCACCGUUUGAAUUAAAAGCCCACAUCAGGACCAUAUGUUUACCCAGUCAGGGGAAGUCAGUCGACGAAAAGCGUUGCAUGAUUGCCGGAUGGGGAAAACGAGCGUUCGAGGAUAUUGAGAUUAUGAAAAAACAAAGACUGAUUGAGUUACCCUUGAUAAGCCGAGAAGAGUGCCAGAAUAAGUUGAGAAAGACUAGAUUGGGAGAAAAGUAUGAGCUGCCUGAUAGUCUUAUUUGCGCCGGCGGAGAGAAGGACAAUGAUGCCUGUACUGGCGAUGGUGGAUCUGCUUUGUUCUGUCCGAUGGAAGACGACCCUGCUCGCUACGCACAGGCGGGUAUCGUUAAUUUUGGCAUUGGAUGUGCCCAGGAAAACGUUCCGGGAACCUUUACAAAUGUGGCCAUGUUCAGGGAUUUCAUUGACAGGAAAUUGGCUGGCGGCGACAUUGAUUUGUAGCAUUGCAAGAUAUUAAUUAUUAUUAAUUGGUUUGACAACGUGGCUUGGAAUGUAUAAAUAAAACAAAUUCAA